AUGGUUGUCACGACCACGGGAGAUAACACCUUUGUGGGAAGGGCGGCUGCCCUUGUGAACCAAGCGGCCCAAACCAGCGGCCAUUUCACUGUGGUUUUGAAUACAAUCGGCAAGUAUCUUCUGAUACUUGUUAUCUUCACUCUGUUCGCUGUCUGGACUGCGGGAUACUACCGGUCUAACGGUAUCGUGCGCAUCCUGGAGUUCUCUCUGGCAAUUAUCAUCGUCGGCGUUCCAGUCGGUCUUCCUGCAGUGGUCACUACCACCAUGGCUGUGGGUGCAUCCUAUCUGGCAAAGCGCAAGGCCAUUGUCCAGAGGCUUUCUGCAAUUGAAUCACUGGCAGGCGUUGAAAUUCUUUGCACCGACAAGACUGGUACCUUGACUCGAAACAAGCUCGCACUGGGCGAACCAUACCUUGUCCCUGGUAUUGGUGUUGGAGAGCUCAUGUUGACCGCUUGUCUCGCAGCUACCCGACACAAGAAAGGAAUUGAUGCCAUUGACAAAGUGUUUGUCAAGGGUCUCCGCAAAUACCCGCAAGUCAAAAGCCAACUUCCGUUGUACAAGACUGUCGAGUUCUUUCCAUUUGAUCCAGUCACCAAGAAGGUCACGGCAGUGGUCGAGUCUCCCGAUAGCGAGCGUAUUGUGUGUCUCAAAGGCGCGCCGAAAGCCGUCCUGAGCACUAUUGAGGAGGAUGGUCCACUUCCCGAGAAGGUCUCGACGGCAUACCGGGAGAAAGUCGCUGAAUUUGCCCGGCGUGGAUUCCGUGCUCUGGGUGUUGCUCGCAGGUGCGAGGACAAUGAUUGGGAGAUCCUCGGCAUCAUGCCUUGCUCGGAUCCUCCUCGUCACGAUACGGCCAAGACCAUCGCGGAAGCACAGAGCCUGGGUCUUCAGAUCAAGAUGUUGACCGGUGAUGCAGUUGGAAUUGCUCGAGAGACCGCCCGACAGCUCGGACUCGGAACAAACAUCUACAACGCGGAGCGUCUUGGCGUUACUGGAGGUGGUGACAUGCCCGGCUCGGAACUGUACGACUUUGUCGAAGCUGCAGAUGGAUUUGCCGAAGUGUUCCCGCAGCACAAAUACAGCGUUGUGGAGAUCCUGCAGAAGCGAGGGCACCUUGUCGCGAUGACGGGCGACGGUGUCAACGAUGCUCCAUCUCUCAAGAAAGCCGACACGGGGAUCGCUGUGGAAGGGGCCUCAGACGCAGCUCGCUCGGCCGCCGAUAUUGUUUUCCUGGAACCUGGACUGUCCGCCAUCAUCGAUGGGAUCAAGACUUCUCGCCAGAUCUUCCACCGGAUGUACUCUUACGUUGUGUACCGUAUCGCACUUUCUCUGCAUCUUGAACUGUUUUUCGGGCUCUGGAUGAUUCUCCGCAACGAGGGACUCAAGCUCCAGCUGGUCGUUCUUCUGGCCAUCUUUGCCGACAUCGCGACGCUGGCCAUCGCUUAUGACAACGCCCCGUACGCAUCCUCGCCGACGAAAUGGAACCUGCCUAAGCUAUGGGGCAUCGCAGUUGUCAUGGGGAUCAUUCUGACUGCUGGCUCGUGGUUCACGUUUGGAACCAUGCUCCUUGCGGGCCCGAAUGCGGGUGUGGUGCAAAACUUCGGAACUCGCGAUUCCGUGCUGUUCCUCGAGAUCUCGCUGACGCAGAACUGGUUGAUCUUCAUCACCCGCACCAACGAAUCAUUCCUAUCAUCGCGCCCAUCCUUUCUUCUGGUGGGAGCUGUUCUCCUGGUCGACGUUGCCGCGUCUCUCCUCGCCAUCUUCGGCGUCUUCGUUGGCCCACCCACGUCCAUCGUGACUGUAGUGCGGGUGUGGGCGUUCUCCCUCGGAGUGACCGUUAUCUGCGCCGUGCUCUACUACCUGCUUCACAACUCAAGCGGUUUUGACAAUCUGAUGCAUGGCAAGAGCCCGCGCAGCCAUGACAAGCAGCGAGGUUGGGAGGACUUCUGUAAGUGUAGAGUCCUGGCGAGACAAUAUAGACAACUAACGGAACUGAUAGUGAUGUCCCUUCAGCGCGUGGCGACACAGCACGAGAAGACGACGUGA